CCGCGCGGCCCCACGAUCCAGCGUUCGCGGCGGCGGCGGAGGCGGAGACGCGGGAGCCAUGAGCUGCGCCGCGGUGUGGGUGCCUUCCCCCUGCUCGCCAUCCCACGCGCCGCCGGGCGGCGCGCGGCGCCAGCGGGGUGCCUCCUCGUCGUCCCACCUCCGGGCCCGGUGCGCGGGCGUGGGGGACGGCGGCACCGCGCCGGCGCCGGCGCCGCCGCGGCGGGCGGUGCUGCACGACUCGCUGGAGGGGGCCGGGGUGGCCACCGAGCACGCCAGGGCGGCGCGGGAGGGGUUCGCGAAGCAGGUCGGGCGGCUCACGCGGGUCGAGGCCGAGACCAGCAUCGCCAUCAGCCGCGGCGCGGACCUCGCCCGCGCCGCGCUCUGCGUCGCCGCCGAGGACGACUCGCUCGUCUCCCACUCCUCCGUGCCGCUCCCCGUCGAGGCCUUCAUCUCCCGCCUCGACGACCUCACCACCGGCUUCCUCGCCGACGGCUACCUCCCGCCCGCCGGCGCUCCGCCCGAGGUCUUCCUCGACCACCUCGACCGUUACCUCUACGUCCACAAGGGGUUCCGAAGAAAAAAUGGAUCGUCAGAUGGGCGGGCUAUAUAUCUACACUCGGUUUUGACAUGCCGGUUUGGAUCAGCUUUAAUGCUUUCGUUGAUAUAUUCUGAGAUACUGAAGAUGCUUCGAAUAUAUGGUUUACUGGAAUUCAAUGUGGAGAUUUUCUUUCCACAUGAUCUCAGCAGCGUUCCUAGGGGUUAUGACAAACACAAAAGCAAGUUGGGUGAUGAACCGCAUAUUAUGACAUCAAAGAGGCUUCUGGUUGAGAUUUUGAAAGCUCUGAAGAAUACAUUUUGGCCUUUCCAGUCCAACCAGUCUGGUAGCUUAUUUUUGAAUGCUGUUUCUGCAAACCAACAUGGCCCUGGUAAUGUUGGUGAUAAUCAAGCAACACCACAUGGCAAUAUAAGUGCCAUAGAGAUGGCAGCUGCUAAAGCUGCGCAACAUAGGUUGAUGCGUGGAGUAUGGACUAAUGUCCGGUUUGGUGAUAUGCGGCGUGCUUUAGCAGCAUGUGAACGACUCAUACUACUGAACCACGAUCCCCGCGAACUGAGGGAUUAUGCUGCCCUUCUAUACCACUGCGGGUACUAUGAAGACUGCCUGCAAUACUUAGCAUCAUACCAAACUUCAUUGGCUGGGCAGCAUCUGAACAAUCCACUGGAGCUCAUGGAGGACGAAGCGGUGAACACUUUAAGAGCGCGAGUAAACCUAAUUUUAGCAGAGGAUGGUUGGAGCAGCCGGAGAUCUCCUGCCACAAGUUACUGGACGAAGAACUCCGAGCCGUGGUAGAUUAGAUAGACACUUUGUGUAUACAGUUUUAUCGAAACAAUACGGGCUUGUACAUAUGAUUUCGACGGCAUUUCACAAUCUGUACUGGAUGAGCCGAGUUCCUGAUGCCACCAUCUCUCAAUCCCACACAUGGUUGGAAUGCUAAGAUCGCUCUGUAACUAACUGUACAUGGGUUGCAGAGGGUAUUGAUGAAUGAUAAUCAAACCAUGAUCAAAUGCAAACUGCACAGCUGCAUUUCAGAC